AAGUGGAGAGCGGUGCAGUUGGUAUCUCACAGUUUAUGAGGGCUACUUUGGGUCGACUUCUUGGCUGAGAUAAGAAUGAGUUUUAUGAAAAGGACAUAUAUUUUUUGACUACUUGGCUCACUCUCAUUUUGGGCCCUUAAAUAUAGCUGAGCACCCCCUACAGUCUCUUUAGUGCAGGUAGUCAACAUUGGACAUUAUGUGUGUGCUCUUUUCCUCUCUGGAUUGAUUCCACACCUGUCUGUGUCAGUCAAGGGGAAAAGCUGUGCUGAAAAGCCCUGGUUGUGCACGACAAUAACAGUGAAAGGAAGUCAUACAACGGCAUGACAUGAUGAAAAGCUUUCUACAUCUGUUCACGGUGUCCUUUUUUUCCUUCUUUCUCCAAGGAUGUUGGGGCCGGAAUGAAGAGGAACGCCUCAUAAACUACCUUUUUAAGGAGCGUGGCUACAACAAAGAGCUUCGUCCGGUCCAAAAUAAAGAUGAUACUGUAGACAUUUAUCUUGCACUGACACUUUCUAAUCUUAUUUCCUUGAAAGAAGUUGAUGAAACAUUACUAACAAAUGUGUGGAUGGAGCAUGGCUGGACUGAUUAUAGACUCGAGUGGAAUGAAACAGAGUUUGAUAACAUUCCCGUCCUGCGCCUGCCGCCAAGUAUGGUCUGGUUACCAGAGAUUGUUCUCGAAAACAACAAUGAUGCCCAGUUCCAGGUGGCCUAUUACUGCAAUGUGUUGAUCUAUCCCAGUGGAUAUGUGUACUGGUUGCCUCCAGCUAUAUUUCGAAGCUCCUGCUCGAUAAACGUCAACUACUUCCCUUUCGAUUGGCAGAACUGCUCACUAAAGUUUAGCUCAUUAACUUACAAUGCCAAAGAGAUUAGUUUACAUCUGAAAGAGGAGCAGAACGAAGAGGGAAAGUCCUACAAGGUGGAAUGGAUCGUUAUUGAUCCGGAGGGAUUCACAGAAAAUGGCGAGUGGGAAAUAGUUCACAAGCCUGCCAGGAACAACAUUUAUAAAAACAUCCCAGUGGAAAGCAACAAGCACCAGGAUAUUACCUUUUAUCUCAUCAUUAGACGUAAACCCCUGUUCUACGUUGUCAAUAUAAUCAUUCCCUGCAUGCUCAUCUCUUUCCUGGCUUCACUCGUCUACUACCUGCCUGCGGACAGUGGUGAGAAGAUGACAUUGUCCAUCUCUGUGCUGCUGGCUCAGUCUGUGUUUCUGCUGCUAAUUUCACAGCGUCUGCCUGAGACGUCUAUGGCAGUUCCCUUAAUUGUGAAGUAUCUGAUGUUUAUCAUGGUAUUGGUCACUGUGGUGGUGCUGAAUUGCGUAAUCGUGCUCAACUUGCAUUUUCGGACCCCCAGCACCCAUGUCAUGACCGAAUGGACCAGAGAGUUCUUUUUGGAGCGACUGCCUCGUCUUCUCCACAUGUCCCGUCCAGCCGAUGACAAACCCAGCCUGGAGGGAGCGCUGCCACGGCGUUCCAGCUCACUGGGGUACAUCGCCCAGGCCGAGGAGUACUACAGUGUUAAAUCACGCAGCGAACUGAUGUUUGAGAAGCAGUCUGAGAGGCAUGGCAUGGCUGCUCGCCCAACUCCCAAAGCUACGUACACAUCCAGUAAUGACUCAGAGAUGUCGGAUCAGCUGUACAACGAGAUGAAGCCAGCUGUUGAAGGAGCCAAUUACAUCGUUAAGCACAUGCACGAAAAAAAUGACUAUAAUGAGGAAAAGGACAACUGGAGUGGGAUUGCCAGAACAGUGGACCGACUCUGCUUCUAUGUGGUCACUCCAGUUAUGACAUUAGGAACCAUCUGCAUCUUCCUGAUGGGCAUCUACAACCAGCCUCCAGCGCUGCCCUUCCAGGGAGACACUUUCACCUAUACAGAAGAAAACAAGCGCUUCUCAUGACCUCUGUACACCACACCAGUGUCCUAGAUGAAUAAUGAAUAAUAGCACCAGCACUCUGUGAAAUAUCAUAUAGGAUGUUCUGACAGUAAUGCAUAGCAUGGAUAUAAAUUACUUUCCAUUUAGGCUUCUUAUGCAGCUUGAUAACUAAUAUUAUGUAGCCUAUGUGGUUUAAUAAAUCUGCCUCUUCUGCUCUGAGAAUAAAAUAAUAAUGCUUGGUUUUC